CACCUACAUAGGUGAGCCCUACUGUGAAAAUUCUCACUCAUCCAUUUCCCCUCAUUUUCUGCUCUCAUCUAGGCUAUACAGAAAUGGCGGCCGCAACAGGUUCACAGACAGACGAAGAAUGGGCGCAGGCAGAAGGCGUCCCUAGCCUAACCGACCCCUUCAUUCAAAAGUAUCUCUCUGGCAGAGAUGCCCUCGUGCAUGAGGAGAAAAAGAGGAGAAGCGACCGCGUCUUUCGUGAAAAUCUGUCCCCAACGGCCGCCGAGGCCUGCGCUAUUGUAGAUCAAAUCCGAUUCGAAGAGCAGCAGACACUCUGGACCAAAAACUUCGAGGAUAGCCUGGUGCGCCACCACGUGGAUGUCUUUCCAGGCAUGAUGUUCUCCCUUGCCAAGGAGCGAAUGGAGAAGAGGAGCAGACUAUGGAAAAUCAUCCGUCGGAUGCCAAAAGGAGCGCUGCUGCACUGCCAUCUGGAAGCCAUGGUGGAUCUAGAUUGGGCACUGGAGGAAGCUUUUUCGACAGAGGGAGUCUGUAUCCGGAGCGACGGUCCACUCUCCUCACCAGAGGCGCUCCUGAAGGCGGGCAUUUCAUUCUCAUAUACAAAGACCAGGGCUAAUGUGGAUGUUUCGAUCUGGAGCAACCAGUAUGUCGCUGAGACAUUGGUUCCAAUAACCGUUGCUGCAGACAGCUUUCCUGAUGGCGGCCGUAAAGGAUUUAUUGAGUGGAUACGAUCUCGGUGCACCAUCACAGACGAGGAGCAUCUCCUUCAUCACGAGGGCCCCAACCAAGUGUGGCGGAAGUUCAUGUCCUGCUUCCCCAUCUUAGGCUCCCUGGUCUACUAUGAACCCAUCUUCAGAAAGUUCAUACGAAAGAUGUGUCAGCAGUUGCUUGAUGAUGGUGUUUACUACGUUGAUAUGCGGUCGGCGUUUUAUACGCCUUACCGGAGGGCGGGACAGGAAGAGUGGGAUCCCGACUAUCUGAAUUAUCUAAGUCACAUGGAAGAGGAGAUCGAGAACUUUAAAGCCUCCGAAGAAGGGAAAGAAUUCUGGGGUGCCCGCAUGAUUUGGACUACAGUCCGCGCACUCGACAAGCGCAAGGUCAUCGAAAGCAUGACACAAUGCAUUGAAAUGAAAUUGGAAUUCCCCGGCCUGAUAGCAGGCUAUGACUUAGUAGGACAAGAAGACAUGGGCCGUCCUCUCGCCGACCUCUUGCCCGAACUCUUCUGGUUCCGCAAAGCCUGCGCACAGUCCGGUGUGGAUAUUCCCUUCUUCUUCCACGCGGGCGAGACCCUGGGAGACGGCGACGCCACUGACGAGAACCUAUUCGAUGCAAUCUUGCUCGGUACACGACGUAUUGGUCACGGAUUUAGCUUGUACAAGCACCCCCUGCUCAUAGACAUGGUCAAGGAGAAGAAGAUCCUCAUCGAGAGCUGCCCAGUCAGUAAUGAAGUGCUGAGGCUUUGUGGGAGCAUCAUGUCACACCCACUCCCCGCGUUGCUGGCACGUGGCGUGCCUUGCUCUCUCUGCAAUGACGACCCGACUAUCUUGGGCCAGGGAGGCAAUGGUAUGAGCCACGACUUCUGGCAAGCGUUGCAGGGAUGGGAGAACCUGGGACUUGCGGGUCUAGGCUCUCUAGCGGAGAACAGCGUAAGGUGGGCCAGCUUUGAAGAUUAUAGUGCGAAAGACUGGGUGCAGGACGUGAAGGAUGGGGCUUUAGGCAAAGGCAUCCGGGCUCAGAGGUUGAAGGAGUGGAUCGCCAAGUGGGAGCGGUUCUGCACCUGGAUUGUGGACGAAUUCGGGCCUGACGAGAAUCUGGAGCCGGAGGAAUAGGGUCAGCACAGUCUAGGGAAACAGUUCUAUUAGGGAUACAAUGGGUAAAGGUAACGGGGGACUGGUCUCAACACCGUUUUGCAUUGUGCUCUCUGUAUCCUAUCUAUUCGGGAUACUGCGCACAUCUUGAACAUGCAUAGCACAUCUAUUUGUUGCACACUAUCUUGACUACAGCAUCCAACUCGUCUUAAAAAGAUAUCGCCCGCGAUCCUAUCUGAACUGAAUUAUCAUGUAGUAGAUUUUAGUGACAAAGUCUAG